AUGCUCCUCUCCACCCUCCUCACAGCCCUAUCGUCAGCGGCACUCACAGCCGCCCAGCUGGUCCCCAUCGGCUUCCAAAUCCAAGGCUCAAACUACUGCAUGGACGUCCGCGACGGCGUCAGCGAGAUUGGCGCCGUGGUCCAGAUCUGGGAGUGCCAUGGCGGACCGUACCAGCGCUGGGUCGUCGAGUAUCCGACCCGCGUGCUCGAUCCUGGAGACUUGAUGGGCGAAUCGCAGUUCUCGCGCAUUCGCUGGGCCGGGUCGCAGGUCGAUAUGGAGCACAGCGGAUACUGUCUGGGUUUCAAGACUAAGGAUGACGAGCCCUUUGCCACCGCUGACCCGGAUAGCCUUUGGAUGACGGACCUCGUGCUCGUUGACUGCGCCAGGGAUGGCGUCGGGUGGUACCUGCACCCUCAGAACAAGUUGUGCGCCUACCACCACAAUGGCAAGGACUCGUAUUGCAUGCAGCUCGAUGGGCCGGCCAAUAACGGUGUCAAGGUGCUUGUCGUGGCGCCCAGCUGGAACGAGAUGGCCGCGAGGUGGGUUUCAUAG